UCGGUUUUCACCAAGUUUUCACAAACAAUAAUUAUUAUUUUAAUUAGUUCGCAAAUAUUUAAUUCGGUUCAUCUUAAAUGUAACAAGUGCGCGCGCUAAAUAACAAAAAUGAAACCUUUAAUAGAUUUUGAUGAGUGCCUAAGGGACUCGCCAAAAUUUAGAGAACAGCUGGAGACAGAGGAGGCGAAUAUUGAUUUACUGGAACAAAGACUUGAUAAGGUUCUAAAAACAUGUUCGAUUAUGAUUGACUCUGGUAAAGCAUACAUGACUCAUAGGAGUAUGUUUACAAAUGCACUAUGGGAUCUCACAAAUAACUUCUCAGAAGACUCAACUGUACUUAGUAGCUAUAACCGAAUGAUCCAUGCCUUCCAAGAGAUGACAAAGUUUCACACAAUAUUACUGGAUCAAGCGUCAAGGACCAUCUUGAAGAAUCUCAAUGCAUUCAUUAAAGUGGACAUCAAAGGAGUGAAAGAAAGCAAACACCAUUUUGAUAAAAUCUCCAAUGAUCUAGAUGUUGCACUCAACAGGAAUUCCCAGGUCUCCCGUCACAAGCCGGCUGAUGUGGAAGAGGUGGUCAACCUGUUGCUGGCCACACGCUCGUGCUUCCGCCACACGGCGCUCGACCACGUCCAGAAGAUCACCAUGCUGCAGGCCAGGAAGAGACAUGAGAUCCUGGCCACUUUGCUGUCGUAUACGAAAGCGUGCUGCACCUACCACCAUCAGGGAUCGGAUUUGGCCGAGGAUUUGGAACCGUUCCUCAAGACCACCGCUGACGAUAUAGCAGCUAUGCGGAACGAGACAAAGGCACUAGACAAGGAGAUGGAGAAUCGACAUACGAUAGUCAACAGCAAGGACACCGUGCUACCCAGCUGUAAAUCUGUCCCACUGCAGGGGGACUCCAAGGAUGGCCUACUGAGUACCCCGUGUCUGAAGAACAUGCCGAGAAUGCAGGGGUAUCUAUUCAAGAGGACGUCGAAUGCAUUCAAAACGUGGAACCGUAGAUGGUUCUAUUUGUACGAUAAUCGUCUCGUGUAUAGGAAAAGAACAGGCGAACUGAACGUGACAGUGAUGGAGGAGGACCUCAGACUGUGCACGGUGAAGCAGGUACACGACGGCGAGAGACGGUUCUGCUUCGAGGUGCUGUCGCCCUGCAAGAGUCACAUGCUGCAAGCGGACUCGGAGGAGAUGUUGAACAGCUGGGUGUCAGCGCUGCAGAACGGCAUCAGAGCGGCGAUACAGCAGGGCCAGAGCCGCGACCCCGACUCGCAGCUCGUGCUGGUACCAGAUGACACCAGCAAGAGCGUCAGCCCCGCUAUGAAGAAGAUUAGAAUUUGGGAGCAGCUGCUCAGUAUCCCGGGCAACAACGCGUGCUGCGACUGCGGCGGCGCCAACCCGCGCUGGGCCAGCAUCAACCUCGGCAUCACGCUGUGUAUUGAAUGCUCCGGCAUACAUCGGUCGCUGGGAGUCCACGUCAGUAAAGUGCGAUCUCUCACAUUGGACGACUGGGAACCAGAUAUCAUAAAGGUGAUGGCAGAGUUGGGUAACAAGGUGGUGAAUUUAAUCUACGAAGCGAACACCGAGGGCACUACCAUAGUGCGGGCAACGCCGGAGUGUGAAACGCCUGUGCGUGAAGCGUGGAUCCGCGCGAAAUACGUGGACCUCCUAUUCGUCAAGAACAUAGUGGAGUGCGGCUCGCCGGCCAAAGACUCACCGCUGAGGAACGGACGACGGUGGUCCGUGCGACGCGCUAGACGCAGGGUCCGGACGGCUCCAGUGAUACCAGAAACUAUAAAGGACGAAAAAAGCGACCAGAACAGUAACGCCAGUGUGUCAGAAAGCUCGAGCAAAUCUGACAGUCCGGUGCUGGAGAUCGGUUCGGAGCUGGCGUCGGAGCGGCCGGUCGACCUCAGCCUGCCCUCCGACCACGACUCCACGGAGGGCGAGGACGAUGACGCCGACGGUUGUUUCGGCGAGGUGUCGGCGCUGUCGGCACAAGCGGUGCUUGGCGUGGCGGCGCGCGCGCACAACGUGAGCGUGAUGCGCGCGGCACUCGCAGCGGGCGCGCGCGUCUCCGACCCCUCCCACCACGGCCGAACGCCGCUGCAUGCCGCCGUACUCAGCGGGUCGGUGAUGGCGUGCUCGUUCCUGCUGCUGAACGGCAGUAAGCUGAACGCGCAGGACGAGGACGGCAUGACGCCGCUGCACCUCGCCACCGACGCCGGACACACUGGACAGGUGUGUCUACUCCUCCGGUAUCGCGCCGACCAGUCUAUAGUGGACAAGCAGGGCCGCACGCCUCUCGAUAUUGCCGUCGCCAAUGCCAACGCUGACAUCGUCACACUAUUACGUCUGACAAAGCUCAACGAAGAGAUGCGAGAGAGCGAGAUGUCAUCAGAUGAUACCUACAACGAGGUGUUCCGCGACUACACGCAGCUGGCGCACUCGCACCCCGAGCGCCUCGUGCGAGCGAGACACAACAACAACGAAGGCGAACAGUCAAGCGAAUGACGAAUAGAGAAACGUUUGAGGAGACUCAGGCUUUGGUGGCGGGAGUGAGGCCCGUCCGUGUUUGACACCACAUGACAAGUACAUACAGUACAUCUCAGUUAAAAAUACAAGUACUGAGGUAUGUUAAUAUAACAAUUAUUGUUGUAACUUGUAGAUAGUGUUCGUUUCAAGUAUAUAAAAGAAAAGUCUUAAUAUUGCCUCCACUGGUUAAAUUUUGGUGGGGCGAUAGCUUUCGUCUACCAAGACUCUAAUGGCGAAUCAAAUAAAGCCCAUAUAAUACUCCUAUACUACUUUCAACCUAAAACAAUGUUAUCGGAUCUGUCACAAGAAAUGUAUUCGGAGUUUCAACCAAUUACGUGAUAGUAAAUUGUCAUUUUACAUCGGUGGCAUAGGUUUGUGUA